GACAGAUCAGUAUUCAGCCAUAUCCUGAGCAAUGACACCGUAGCUUUCUUGUCAUUUCAUAUCUAUUAGCAUCAGUAUCUCAGCUAUAUGCAACAAUCAGAAAACGCCCCAUACCCACAUGUGGAAGUUGCGAGAUUACAGCCUCGAGUAACCGUUGUUAUGCGGUUCAUUUUGUUUUGGAUAGUGGCUAUCUGAAUCAACUAAGCCACAUGUAGAGCAUAGGCAGAUUUUUUGACCGGAGAUUGGCACCCGACGCUCACAAGCUCGAAUAAAUGUCUGGUUGACCAGUUCGAACAGAACAAUAAGCACUAAAAACGGUGGUUAUAUGCAACUGAUUUUAAACGAGACAAUACUCUGCCCACCAAGCAGCUGGGGUAGGCGUUCGUCUGUACUGUGAUGCACUCCAAAAUGCUGUAUAAGGGAAACUUCAACAGAAAAUGGCAGUACCUUGCUCGGAAGAUUUAUGCACUUUGUGCAUUAAAAUAUCCGAACACUCGAUCUGGGCGGAUACUCGUGGAGAGGACAUCUAUGGCUGCGAGCAGCAUUUAAAAGUUAUAGCAGAUGACUUUUCUCACUAUCCAACUACGUUAGAAUUUGCAAACGUAUUCGUAUUCCGAUGAAUGGAUAGUGUUAACCUAGGGGGCGAGUGGUUAUCAAAUAUAUGGAAAAAUAC